AUCGCGACCACGUUUCCCGUGUCUCCUACCGUAUACGCGAGUUAAACCCGUAAUAUCGUUCGAUCUGCAAAAAUACCUACCAGUUUUUCGUCGCAAUUAACGUCGAUAGUGACAAACUUCGAUUAGAAAUUUCGGUAGAAUUCGACGUAACGGAAAAAGUUUCGACGGACGACAGUGUGAAAGUGUAACGAAGUCUUGGACAGCACAACAAGGAGAAGGCUCGUCCCAAUUAGUGUGUCAAACGUUCUGCAAGACUUCCUCGAGGUGACGAAUCGUCGUUUUGGCAUGGCAAAUGGGUGACAGACACGCGACUGCUGUUGAUGGUGAUUGACGGUGUUUUUCGGCAUCGGGGGAACCAUGUGAGGCUACGACCAUGAGGUGUGGCGGUCAGAGCGGUGUCUGGACAGCAAGCGUGAUCAUACUGUCAAUCGGAAGCUGGGUUGGCAAAGUUGGCCCACGACCAGCCGAUGACGAGGUUGCACACCUGAUAUUGCCGAGGGAAAGGUUGGAGACCGUACGACAGGUUCUUUCCGAGGUGCCUUUGAUCGACGGCCACAAUGACCUGCCCUGGAACAUUAGAAACUUCGUCCACAACCAGCUGGCCAAGUUCGACUUCAACACGGAUCUACGACAGGUCGCGCCUUGGAGCAAAAGCGCCUGGAGCCAAACGGACUUGGUCAGGCUUCGCGAAGGCAUGGUUGGCGGUCAGUUUUGGGCUGCUUACGUGCCGUGCGAGUCGCAGCAUCUCAACGCGGUCCAGCUGACUCUGGAGCAGGUGGACCUCAUUAAGAGGCUCAUAGAGAAGUACUCGCAAAACAUGCAGUUCGCUGCUUCUUCAAGGGAGAUCCUGGAGGCCCACGGAAAUGGCAAGAUAGCUUCUCUGAUCGGCGUGGAGGGUGGACAUAGCCUAGGCAGUAGUUUAGCCGUUUUAAGGACACUCUAUCAGUUGGGUGUACGUUAUCUCACACUCACGCAUACUUGCAACACUCCGUGGGCGAAAAGUUCGUCGGUCGAAGACGAAGAUGAGGAUGGAGGCGGUCUGACAGCUUUCGGGAAGGCGGUAGUCCAGGAAAUGAAUAGGCUGGGAAUGCUGAUAGACCUUAGUCACACAGCGAGAGCCACCAUGAGGGACGCUUUAAGGGCCAGCAAAGCACCCCUCAUUUUUUCUCAUUCCUCAGCCUUCGCCAUUUGUAAUUCCUCGAGGAACGUUCCCGACGACAUUUUGAAGCAGCUGGCUGCUAACGAUGGACUGGUGAUGGUGACAUUUUAUAAUUACUUCGUGAAAUGUGGCUCUCAGGCGACCGUCUCGGACGUCGCUGAGCAUAUUUACUACAUUAAAAAACUAAUUGGCGUGGACCACAUCGGUGUCGGUGGUGACUUCGAUGGUAUCAACAAAACACCCCGAGGUCUGGAGGAUGUUUCGAAGUAUCCGGAAUUGUUCGCCGAACUUCUGCGAAGUGGAGAAUGGAACGUGCUCGACUUAAAGAAAGUCGCCGGUCUGAAUCUGCUGAGGGUCCUUCGAAAGGUGGAACGAGUAAGGGACGACAUGAGAACCGCAGGAGCGACACCAUCCGAAGAAUAUCUGCAGAAUUCCCCUGACACGACCGGCAACUGUGCACUCGAUAUCAACUCCGUACAGAGAGUCAUGGAAGUUUGA